UACAACCUGUCAUCAUCAUCAUUACUGUGGUCGCGAGUUUCGAAACUUCGAAUGCGGUACGCCAGUGAUCUUUGGAUCAGUGAAGUAAACAAAACGUUUGCGCUUGGCUAAUGAGCACUACAGUUUGUAUGAAUUAAAAAGCGAGCAAACAGGAAGUAAUUAUCAUGGAUGCAGAUCUCUAUGAUGAGUUUGGGAAUUAUAUGGGCCCAGACUUGGAUAGUGAUGAAGAAGAAGAAAUUGAAGAUGGUGUUGCAGAAGAGGAUAUUGAUAUUAAUGGAGUUGAAGAAGGAGAUGACGAUGAUGAUGAAGGCAUUGCAUCACAAGCGGUGGUACUCCACGAAGACAAGCAAUACUACCCAGCUCCUGAAGACGUCUACGGGCCUGACGUAGAGACCAUUGUUCAUGAGGAAGAUGCUCAGCCACUCACUCAGCCGAUCAUUCAGCCAAUAAAGGUGAAAAAGUUCCGGCUGGUGGAGAAGAACCUGCCCAAGACAGUGUACGACCUGCAGUUCCUGACAGACCUACAGGACGAGCCCAGCCUCGUGCGCAACAUCGCGCUCGUAGGGCACCUGCAUCACGGCAAGAGCACCUUCAUGGACUGCCUUGUGCACCAAACUCAUCCUGAGUUCCGGUCAGUUUUCUUAUUUCUCUUACACGCUCAGUCUGUGCUCAGUUCCGGUCAGUUAUUCUCAUUUCUCUUGCAUGCUAAGCUUCCUAAGAUGUGCUUCACUAAGAAACUUCUGCGUGCCAGGCAUAUAGCAUUGAGUUCUCUGCAAUCUGACCGACACCACAACACUCUAGACCACAACACUCUAGACCACAACACUCUAGACCACAACACUCUAGACCACAACACUCUUGACCACAACACUCUAGACCACAACACGCUAGACCACAACACUCUAGACCACAACACUCUAGACCACAACACUCUUGACCGCAACACUCUUGACCGCAGCACUCUAGACCACAAUACCGUAGACCGCAGCACUCUAGACCACAUUACCGUAGACCGCAGCACUCUAGACCACAAUACCGUAGACCGCAUCACUCUAGACCACAAUACCGUGACCGCGGCCAUGCGACUGUGCGACGGAGUCGUGAUCUUCGUUGACGCUGCAGAAGGAGUGAUGCUCAACACCCAGCGCCUCAUAAAGCAUGCGCUGCAGGAGCGGCUCAGCAUCGCCCUCUGCAUAAAUAAAAUAGACAGGCUUGUGCUGGAGCUCAAGCUGCCUCCUCUCGAUGCCUUCUACAAGCUACGGCACAUCAUCGAGGAGGUCAACUCUCUCAUUGUUCAGAAUGGCGACACUGAGAACAAGAACAUGGUUUCUCCCUUGCUGGGCAACGUCUGUUUCGCGAGUUCCCAAUACUCCAUUUGCUUCACGCUCAAAAGCAUGGCCAAACUUUACUGCCGCCAUUACGGCUUUGACGUUCGGCUCGAGGACUUCGCUAAGCGUCUGUGGGGCGACGUCUACUUCAACCCGAGAACCAGGAAGUUUGCCAAGAAACCUCCAACCUCCAGCACGCAGAGAAGCUUCAUCGAGUUCAUCCUCGAACCGCUGUACAAAAUCUUUUCGCAUAUUGUUGCUGAUGUGGAUUUGCAUUUGCCUGAGCUCAUGGAUGAACUGGGAUUACACAUGACCAAAGAAGAACAGAACAUGAACAUCCGGCCGCUGAUCAAGAACUUCAUGUCAAAGUUCAUUGGAGACUUUGAAGGCUUCACUGAUAUGUGCGUCACCCAUAUUCCGUCUCCAAAAGAUAACAGUGUUAACAAAAUUCAAACCACGUAUACAGGCCCCAUGGACAACUACCUGACGGAAGAAAUGAUGCGCUGUGACCCAGACGGCCCUCUUGUGGUGCACACAACAAAGCAGUACCCUAAUGAAGACGCCACGGCCUUCAAUGUGUUUGGACGCGUUCUGUCUGGCACUAUUGAGUCCAACCAGAAAGUGCGCGUGCUAGGGGAGAAGUACACUCUCACGGACGAGGAAGACUCGCGCGUGCUCACUGUAGGCAGGCUUUGGAUACACGAGGCGCGUUACAACAUCGAAGUGAAGUAUGUGCCUGCUGGCAACUGGGUCCUCAUUGAGGGCAUUGAUGAACCCAUUGUCAAAACUGCCACCAUCACUCAGGCCGAUCCGCCUAUCACGGAACUGCACAUUUUCCGACCUUUGAAGUUCAACACUCACUCUGUGAUAAAAAUUGCCGUGGAACCUGUCAACCCAUCUGAACUGCCCAAGAUGCUGGACGGGCUUCGUAAAGUUAACAAAUCUUAUCCACUUCUGAACAACAAGGUUGAGGAGUCUGGUGAACAUGUCAUCCUGGGUACUGGUGAGCUGUACCUCGACUGUGUCAUGCACGACUUGAGAAAAAUUUACUCGGAAAUCGACAUCAAAGUUGCUGAUCCUGUAGUUAGCUUCUGUGAAACAGUCGUGGAUACCUCAUCAUUAAAAUGCUUUGCAGAAACUCCCAACAAGCGAAAUAAAAUCACCAUGAUUGCCGAACCUCUUGAAAGAGGAUUGGCUGAAGACAUUGAAGGUGAAGUGGUCCACAUUUCGUGGGACAACAGAAAAUUAGGAGAGUUUUUCCAGACUCGCUACGACUGGGAUCUUCUUGCUGCGCGAUCUAUUUGGGCAUUCGGUCCUGACCAUUGCGGUCCAAACAUUCUUGUGGACGAUACGCUGCCGUCCGAGGUGGACAAAGCUCUUCUCGGAUCAGUGCGCGAAUCAAUUGUUCAAGGUUUUCAGUGGGCUACUCGUGAAGGGCCGCUGUGUGAAGAACCCAUCAGAAAUUGUAAGUUCAAAAUUCUUGAUGCCGUCAUGGCCAGCGAGCCUCUACACAGAGGAGGAGGCCAAGUCAUUCCAACCUCCCGUAGAGUUGCGUACUCCGCCUUCCUGAUGGCCACACCUCGUCUCAUGGAGCCUUACUUGUUCGUGGAAAUUCAAGCCCCAGCUGACUGCGUCUCUUCAGUGUACACCGUAUUGACCAAGAGACGUGGCCACGUCACGCAAGACGCUCCCGUUGCUGGCUCGCCUCUCUACACCGUCAAGGCCUUCAUCCCCGCCAUCGACUCGUUUGGAUUUGAAACUGACUUGCGCAUGCACACCCAGGGCCAGGCUUUCUGCCUGAGCGUAUUUCAUCAUUGGCAGAUCGUCCCUGGCGAUCCUUUGGACAAGAGUAUAGUCAUCAGACCUCUUGAGGCUCAGAUGGCAACUCAUUUGGCUCGAGAGUUCAUGAUCAAAACGAGGCGCAGGAAGGGACUCAGUGAAGAUGUCUCUAUCAACAAGUUCUUCGACGACCCUAUGUUGUUGGAGCUUGCUCGUCAAGACGUCACGCUCAACUACGCUUAACUUGCGCACCUACCAUGAUUUUGUUCUGUGUAAUGCUCGUCAUCUAGAACUGAAUCAUUACCGUAGCACGUAAGUUGAAAAAUCUAGUGUGUCCGAGAUCGGUCAACACCCGUUCUCCGCUUAUAACGUUAACACCGACAUACAAUCCUGUCUCUAAAAGUGCUGCGUUAAAUACAGAAUUGGUGUAC